UCCUGCUCGGUUAGCGCCCGCUGGCUGUCAUUCGUCCGAGGCGAGGCAGCCGGUGCGAUCGUGUCGCUGGCGGAGUGGAGCAGCGAGAGCCGCAUGUAAAUGAACACCUCCGUGUUGCUGUCACCCGAGGAACCACAGGGGCACGUCGCCUGUCCCGUCCGGUUCAUCCGCGAGCUGACCUUAAACGUCUCGUGUGGAGAUACAAAAAAGCAAGAAGGUUAACCAGCACUACUUUGGAGCAAACGCCGUUCGCCUAACCGCCGCCGUUUCUCACAACAACACGGAGAGAGAGCCUCUCUGCCGACCAUGCGGAGUGUGUGUGCACUGGUCCUGGCGCUCGCUGCCGCCCUCGGCUCGGCGGACCCGGACACGCACAGAAUGAGACACGACUCUAACCUGGACAUCUACAAGCGGCUGUUUGAGACCAAGAGGAAAGAUCAACUGAGCGCGUUGAAGAACCUGGUGGAGCUGAACGACAUCAACCAGCAGUACAAGAUCAUAGACAUCAUGCUUAAAGGACUCUUCAAGGUGUUGGAGGACUCAAGACAAAUCCUGGUUACGUCCAACAUGCAGCCCGAUGACCCGUUCCCAAUGGACGAUAAGAUCAAAGACGCUUAUUCCCACGUGGUGGAGAACACAGCGUUCUUUGGCGACGUGGCGCUGCGUUUCCCCCGUAUCGUCCACCACUACUUCGACCGGAACACCGACUGGGACGGGCUGCUGCGCUGGGGCCUGAAUUUCUGUAACCAGACGGGGGUUUUCACAGGAGGAGCCCACCAACACGUCCUCACCCUCAUGUCACAGGAGCUGGGAAUAACGGAGAAAUCCCCCGACUUCAUAAACCCGUACCGCACAGAGAGAGACGACGUGCUUCAUACCGCCGAGGCGUUCCAGAAGAUCCUGAGGGAGGAGGAGAAGAGGAGGAGGAAAGAGGAGAAGAGGAAAGAAAUAAGGAAAGGCCCUCGCAUCUCCCGCUCUCGCACCGAGCUAUAGCGCUGCACCGCCGAGCGGAGGAGACGAGGAAGGAAGGACGGAGCACACGCACAGUCCACAAGAGGUGGCUUGACUUGUAGACUCCGGGGGCGACAGUGAAGGAAAUAAAAGCUGUCAUCACUUGUAUUAAAAAAAGCCAGGUGCUCUGUUGAAAACAAGAGGAACCCUCGAGUUUACACAAAUAAAAAGUAAAGUGGUGUCAGUUUAUGGCAACGGUGUGAAUUGCUGUACAUCCGCGGCGAUUUAUAAUUGGAAAAUGUAACGUUGUAUAGAAGGUAAAGCAGCUCUGGAAUAGGAGUUGAUAAGGGAAGCUCAUUUUUGAUAAUUUAUGGAAUAUAAUUCAUUUCAGUAUAAUCUUUAAAAACAAACAACUACAAAACCCCCCACUGUACUGUGUCUGGUCUAGAGUUAACGUGUCUAAAACCUCAUGCUUCGUGUGUUUGCCAAAUCUAAAUUUGUCCUCGCCUCAUUCCAGUUGGCCUGUUCCUGGUUCGGUUGAGCUUGAAUUGAUGGAAUACGGUUUAGUUUUUGGUUCCUUCAACUGAGAUGUGUGGGAUAUUGUUUGUAAGUUGGCAGAUUUGUUAUUGCUGCUCAAAGGAGGACACAUUUUAUGUUUCGUUUGCCUGAAGGACGGUGUUCUUUAAUUUGUUUCUUUUCAUAUCUUUUUGAAUAUCAUGUUCAUUUGAUCACCAUCAAAGGGAUCAUCAGUGAAUUAGUUUUUUCAUAUUUGGCUUAUUUUAGUGACCUUUAGUUAAUGAGAAUUAUUUUAUCCUGUUGGAAAUAUCUGUCAGCCAGAUUUACAGUAUAUGAGCUCUUUUUUGUUUUUGUUUUUUUCUGUUUAUCGUUGCUGGAAAUUAACAUAUUUUAAUGGUUUAGAUUUAUGGAAUUGAGAUUGAUGUAAUUUUGAAAUCGUAUUAAGACUGUUAUAAAACUAUGUAUAUUCAGAGAAAGAAUACCAUUGCUGCAGAAUGAACAAGCCAUUUUGUUAUCAAAUUUAAUGAAAUAAAAUGACUGAUAUGUACAAAAAAAA